UAAAGUUCAAAACAUGUCUUAACCUUAAGUGCCUUAAGAAUUUAAUAAAGAAGAAGAUGAAUUCAAAUGUCAUCCAUCUUAGAGUGGUUCUACUGCUACUCCUACUCUAUUUGAGAAUAUGAAUGCACCAAAAACAUUUAGUACAGCUUUUUUUGAAGAUUAAAUAUAUCAAGAAGGUUGUUAAUAUUUUAUUAUAUCUAAUUAGAUGAUCUGUUUGAUGAAAUUAACUAAUAAUUAAAUCAAGUACUGAUUAAUGACUCUUAAAGACCUUCUCUUAUUUCUGCUUUUUAAGCUGAUAUGUACUAUUAUUUGUUAAAUUUUUUUAGGUCUUCAUAUUUAAGCCAUGAGAAAUUAACAAAAAAUUCUCGAAAAAUGUAACAAGAGUAUUAAAACGCAAAUUUAAAAGAAAAAGAAUAUGUCUUCAACACUUUUGUAAAAAAUGAAAUAGAAAAUAUAAGUUUAGAUAAGUAUAAGCAUUUCUUACUUGAAAAAAUACUGGAAGUUGGUAUAUUAAAAUAAAAUUAACUUUAGGUCCUCCUUAGCACAAAAAUAUAAUACUUGAUAGAAUAUUUUAAUCAAUUAAUAAAUUAAUAAAAGAUCUUUAUGCUUGUAAAGUGAUGUAAAAAGGAUUGGAAGUGAUGAUCUAAAAUCCUUAAGAUUCUUCUUAUUAAUUAGAAAAUUACCUUAAUUUUAUUCAUUCUGAUACUCCAUAAAUGAAAAAGCUAUAUGUAGAUAAAAUUGCUAAUCAAAUUAUUUAAAAAAGCCUUGAGGUAUUAGAAGGUAACCAUUUAUUUAAGCUUUUAUAAGUUUUAUCUAAAUACGUAAAAUAUUUAUAUUAAUAAUAGAUAUUAAAUAAAAAUAAUGAAAAGUUUGAAUUAUCAAUAGAUUAAUAUGGAUGUUUAAUUGUUAAUAAGAUUAUUGAUAUAUAUCCUAAAUAAUUUGACAUUUAAACUAAGACUUUAUGCAAUGACAUCAUUGUAAGAGCAAUAGAAAAUAGUUCUGGCCUUAUUCGUAGACAAUAUGCCAAUUAUAUAAUUUAAUCGAUUUUGGAGAAAGGCUAAGAAGUACAUAAGAGAUUAUUAAUGGAUUAAUAUCUCAUUAAAGAUUUUAUACCAAUGUCAAUGGACAAAUAUGGUAGCAAUGUAGCAGAAAAAGCCAUUGUUUAUGGAGGUUCUUAAUGGAGAAAUAAGUUAUGGGAAGAAGUAACAAUUUCAGAAAGGUAUAAUUAUAUAAUUAUAAUUCCAGUUCAUUUAAGAGAUUGAUUAAUGAUUAAUUUGCUAAUUAUCCAAUUUAAAGAUUAUUUGAAUAUUUAGAAUAACCAUUAAGGAAUGAAUAUUUGGCUCUAUUAAAUAAGUUACAUGAUAAUAAUUAAUUAAACAACCAUGGUUAGAUUGUACUCAAAUUUGCUUUAGCAAAUUAAAAUGUUAAAAAAUAUACUUAAAAAAUAGUAUCAACUGAAAAGAACAAACAAAUGUUAAGUAAAUAGAAAACUUAGAAUCCAAAAUCUUAGAAUACAAAUCAAAAUUUAAAUAAUAUACAACAUAAUUAGUUAUAAUUUGAAAAUGCUUAAAAAAACAUAUAAUAAUAAUAAGUUUAAUAAUAGUUUUAAGCUGCUAUGAUGUAAUAGAUGAUGUUUUAUCAAUAAUAACAAUAGUUGUUAUUAUUAUAAAUGCCAUAAUUAUAUUAUUAAGAUAAAAGCUAUCCUCAUUAUGGAGCAAUGACUUAAGAAUAAUAAUAAUAAAUGAUACUAUUUUGGCAAUAAUAACAAUAUUAAUAACAAUAUUAAUAAUAAUAUUAAUAAUAAUAUUAAUAACAAUAAUAAUAAUAAUAAUAAUAAUAAUAAUAAUUUAUUCAAAAUAUGAAUUUAAAAAAUGAAUAAUGA